CCAUAUUUGACGUUUGUUGUUUUGUUAUGAAAACCCGGCUGAUUACGACAAAAUAAGAAAUUUUAUCGGCAGAUAGGUGCAUUAUAUUUGGAAAUAAAAAAAAAACCCACUCACCGGCCGUAUUUGCUAUAGUUUACGUAAUGGCAACGUUCCGCUUGGGCGCUAUUGCAUCAAUUUCAACGAGGAUACCGCAUCAAAAUGUGGCAAAAUUGCAGCGAAUCAAUCUCGUCCGUCGGAUGGCUACCGGAGCGGGACCGAAAAAACCAACCAGCACACUGGGACUGGCUGUGAAGGGAAUGGCAAUCGGUGCCCUGGUCGGCACCGGCUGGUCCGGUUACAGCUACUUCAAGGGCGGUCCCACAGAUCAUAUGCUGCACGAGCAUGUAGGGCCGAAGGUUCUCGACAAGCUGCCGGAUGUGAAAAUAAUGCGCAAAGUAGUCAACCCGAAUGACGAUUCGGGCUUGGAUUUGGUGCUGUUCCAGUUCCAAACGUGCCCGUUCUGCUGCAAGGUUCGUGCUUUCCUAGACCACAGCGGGCUUUCCUACUCAGUGGUGGAGGUGGAUGCAGUACUUCGUCAGGACAUUCGCUGGUCGGACAGUAAAAAAGUUCCAAUUUUGCUAGCGAAAACGAAAUCGGGCAAAUACGUUCAGCUAACGGACUCGAGCAUGAUAGUGUCCUCGAUUUCCAGCUUCCUUCGGGACAAGAAGCAAGACAUCGGCGAGCUCGCCAAAUACUAUCCGUCGAUAUCGUACGAAAACGAUGCGGGACGAAAAGUGUUCGACAUUAUGAACAAAUAUUUCCUGAUGUAUCAGGAAAAGAAGGUCGACAAUCGUACAAAGGAAGAGCAAGAGGAGGAGCGCAAGUGGCGUGCCUGGGCCGACGAUCAUUUGGUGCAUUUGAUUUCUCCGAACGUGUAUCGAACGAAGGACGAAGCGAUGGAAACAUUUGAAUGGUUUUCGGACGUUGGCGAAUGGGGUAUCCACUUUCCGAAAUGGGAACGAGACCUGAUGGUAUACGUCGGCGCAUUUGCCAUGUGGGGCAUCAGCAAGCGGCUCAAGCGGCGGCACCAGCUCAGUGACGACGUUCGCUCGCACAUCUACGAUGCGUGCGAUCGAUGGAUCAGUGAAAUCGAAAAGAAGAAAACCACCUUCCACGGUGGAUCGCAGCCAAAUUUGGCCGAUCUGGCCGUGUUCGGUGUGCUGAACAGUAUGGAAGGAUGUCAAGCUUUUAAGGACUGUCUGGAGAACACCAAAAUCGGUCCAUGGUUUUAUGCGGUCAAGGAGAGAGUGCUUAAAAAUCGCGGUAAUGUGUUGUAAUGCUAUGCUUUGUACUAUUGAAGAUGGUUUAAGUACGGUUAAUAUGCAAUAAAACAAAAAUUAGAGGUUAUUCCUCUUUAAAAUUACAAA